AUGCAUGUGGCACUCGGCGAGGGGACUGGGGAGCCCCUGGCUGUGCCUCACGGGGCAGUGUGCCAGGCGCUGCCCGGCAGCCUGGACGCAGCUGAGCCCGGGUCAUUCUGGCGGCACACCAGCACACACCCGCGGUGCGGACAUGGCGCGCUCUGGGCUAACCUGGAAACGUACCGCCGCUCCGAGCUGCUCCUGCCCCACGGCCACGGCCUGGACGCCUCCGCGCUGGCCGAUAACCUGGGCCUGCACGACAUGGCUCACCAGAUGGAGGAGGUGCAGAAUGUGGAAGAUCAACACUUAUUAAUGCAUGACCAGACGGUCAUUAGAAAAGGUCCCAUUUCCUUAACGAAAAACAGUGCUCUGAGUCUCCCCUGCCAAAAGGAUGGAUUAAUUGGAGUGGUCAUAAACCCCAAUGAAGUAUUUUGUUCGGUUCCGGGGAGACUUUCCCUCCUCAGCUCCACGUCGAAAUACAAAGUGACAGUAGCAGAGGUGCAGAGGCGGCUCUCGCCCCCCGAGUGUCUCAAUGCCUCUUUGCUAGGAGGAGUACUCAGAAGAGCCAAAUCUAAAAAUGGUGGCAGAUCAUUAAGGGAAAAACUGGAUAAAAUUGGCUUGAAUCUUCCUGCUGGUAGAAGGAAAGCUGCAAAUGUGACGCUAUUGACAUCUUUGGUAGAAGGUGAAGCUGUACAUCUUGCUCGUGACUUUGGUUAUGUAUGCGAGACAGAGUUUCCUUCCAAAGCAGUGGCUGAAUAUUUAACUCGACCACACAUGGGCCGCAAUGAAAUGGCAAACAGGAAGAAUAUGCUUCUUGCUGCAAAGCAGAUUUGUAAGGAAUUCACAGACCUCCUCACUCAGGACAGAACUCCUCUUGGAAACACGAGACCUAGUCCCAUCUUGGACCCUGGCAUCCAGGGCUGUUUGACUCAUUUUAGUCUGAUCACACAUGGCUUUGGGAGUGCUGCCAUCUGCGCUGCCAUGACAUCCGUCCAGAACUACCUAAAUGAAGCAUUAAAAAUAGCAGACAAAACAUACAUGAACGCUGGCGACCAGAGCCCUGCAGAAACCAACAAAACCAUUGAUAAAAUGGAUAAGCACAGGAAGUAAAAGGAGAGAAACCAGACUUUAAACUCUUCCUCCUAAACACAGACUGGGAUCUUCUUGCCAGGGGGAAUAUAGAGAUUUGGGUUCUUGUUCUUUUUUGUUGUUGUUGUUGGGUUGUUUUUGUUGUUUUUUUUUAAAGAAAGGAGGGGAAAAAAGGAAAAAAAAUCAGUCUUAUUCAGGAUCUUCACUCCCCCUGGAUCCAUGAGACAAAUCUUUCUAAAAGCUGCAGUAUCCCUUAUCUGUGGAAACAGUUACCCAGAAGAUAAGUACUUGGUACAAGUGUAUUGAAAUCCUUUGCUGUAAAAGUGGUGCUAUAAAGGGGUUUUGAUGGAAAUAUAUAAAGAGAUAUAUUUAGAUUUCUCUUCAACAUCUAAGUAUCUAGUGGUGACCAGCUUCAUGUAUAAUUUUUAAGAUACAGAUUUUAGAUGGAAGCCUGUUUGUUAUCCAGUACGAUUUCAGGGUUUUAUUCUCUCUAAAUGCAACAGUAACAAUAAAGCAGUAUUAAACAAUGGUAUAUAAAUUUAUGUACAUUAAAAUUUUUUUUAUAAACACCUGGAAACAGUUAAGAUUAUUCUGCGGGUUGUGUUUUUUAUUUGUUGGUUUUGUUUUUUUUUUUCUUUUUUUCCAAAUUACCAUAGGAAAGUACUAAAAUCCCACUAGACUUCAAAGUUAUCUGAUGGCAUUUGACAUGCUUAUUUUUAUGGAAAUAUUCAGGCUUUUCAAAACUGCAGUAAUAAUGGCUGCAGUGAAUAUUAUCUUGAUAUUUUUUUUAACAAGGAAUAGUUCAAAAUGCAAAUGCUAUUAGAAAAUUCACUUUCUGUGUCUAAGGAUAUUGCAGCUUUAUUCACAUAUUUAUGUUGUUUUUAAAUUGGGGGGGAAAACUUGAAAGAAUAGGCACAUAGCUUUUUUUUUUUUUUUUUGCCUAUUGAGGCCAAAAAAAUAUUUCCAGGGAGGCUUUAUGUGUAUUAAGGGAAGCAGUGUGUUUGAAUGUAAAUAUUUAUUUAUGUGUAAUUUAAUCGGAUUUGUAAAUAAUGGUGAACUUUUUAAUACUUUUUUUUUUUAUAAAUGGGUUUCAAAUUUUAAUUUUGGUAAGUAUUUCAAAGGUAAUGGGUAAGCUAAACAUAUCUUUAGGUUUAUGCACAGGUAUGUUAUACAGGGUAUUUAAGACUUUUUUAAAAAAAAUCUCAAUUCUUGCCACUGAAGAUUAAAUCUAAUCUGAGGUGUAUGUUCACAAAGCAAUAAUUUUGUGCAUCAUUCACCUAAUAACUGACUAGACAUGCAAAAUGAGUGUGUGAGUUAGUGUGUAUGUGAAUAAUGGAGGUUCUGAACUAUCUUUACAUAUUUGUAAAUGUUCCCAAUAUAAUUCUGAUGUAUAUGAUAACCAUAUAAUAAAAGUAUUCUGGAUAGAAGCAUGGAAUGUUUUGUUAACUGAAA